CUCGGACCUGAAAUGUGAGUAUGGGUCAAAAAAGCAGGAUUUCUCUUAAGUAUCUAAACCUGAUGGGUGAAGAUUUGAGUUUGUUGCGCUGUUAAUUCAACCUGCUGGACUGGAGAGCGGAGUUUACUGUACAUUACACAGCAAAAGGAAGCAGUGAAUUUCGUGUAAUUCCUCUUCAGAACAGUAGGUGGCAGCAUUUACCUGUUUCGGUAUUUUUGCAACGCAAGGAUGACUGUUGAAAUUUCCCCCAUGCUGUGUGUACUAGUAAAAAGGAAAAGAGUGUGAACAGGAAGGACAGAGUGAGAGCAGAAGAUGAGCAGUGAUCCUCUGAGUCGCUCUGAGGUGUUUGGACAGCUCAGGAGGGAGCUCUAUGGAGAGCGGCAGUCCAGCCACUCCAGCACACACAUAUUCAUCAUCUUUGGAGCCUCUGGUGAUCUUGCUAAAAAGAAGAUCUACCCAACUUUAUGGUGGUUAUUCAGAGAUGGGCUGCUCCCAGAUGACACCUACUUUGUGGGUUUUGCCCGAUCUAAUCUGACUGUCGAAGACAUCAAGACGGCAUGUCUGCCCCAUAUGAAGGUCAGUGAUGAAGAGAGUGAGAGCCUCUCAGCCUUCUUCAGUAAGAACUCCUACCACAGAGGCCAGUAUGACAACGACAGCUCCUUCUCUCAGCUCAACGCUCAUCUUUCAACACUGCCUGGUGGGGCAGACGCCAACAGGCUCUUCUACCUUGCUCUGCCACCUACUGUCUACCACCAAGUCAGCAGAAACAUCAGAGCCCACUGCAUGGGUCCUCGAGGCUGGAACAGGGUGAUAGUUGAGAAACCCUUUGGUCGUGACCUCCAGAGUUCACAGGAGCUGUCAGCCCAUCUGUCCUCCAUGUUCACAGAGGACCAGAUCUAUCGCAUAGACCACUACCUGGGCAAAGAGAUGGUCCAGAACCUCAUGGUGCUCAGAUUUGGAAAUCGUAUCUUUGGACCCAUAUGGAACAGGAACAGUGUUGCCUGUGUGGUCCUUACCUUCAAGGAGCCUUAUGGUACGCAGGGCCGGGGAGGAUACUUUGAUGACUUUGGCAUCAUUAGGGAUGUCAUGCAGAACCAUCUCCUACAGAUGCUCUGUUUGGUUGCCAUGGAGAAGCCUGCAUCCACCAGCCCUGAUGAUGUGAGAGAUGAGAAGGUGAAGGUGUUAAAGAGUAUAGCUCCUGUGACUGUGUCAGAUGUGGUGCUUGGUCAGUAUGUGGGAGACCCUGAGGGUAAAGAUCACUCUAAGCUGGGUUAUCUUGAUGACCCCACAGUCCCCAAAGGCUCCUGCACACCAACAUUUGCCACCGCAGUGCUCUACGUUCACAAUGAAAGAUGGGAUGGAGUUCCUUUCAUCCUCCGAUGUGGUAAAGCUCUGAACGAACGAAAGGCAGAAGUGCGUCUGCAGUUCACUGAUGUACCAGGAGACAUCUUUAAUGAACGCUGCCACCGAAACGAGCUGGUGGUGCGGGUGCAGCCUGACGAGGCGAUCUACCUGAAGAUGAUGACCAAGAGACCGGGGGUUUACUUUAGUCCAGAGGAGACCGAGCUGGACCUCACCUACAAGAGCAGAUACAAGAAUGUGAAGCUCCCAGAUGCUUAUGAGCGUCUGAUCCUGGAUGUCUUCUGUGGGAAUCAGAUGCAUUUUGUGCGCAGUGAUGAGCUGCAGGAGGCCUGGAGGAUCUUCACCCCGCUCCUCCACCAAAUAGAGGCAGAGAAGAAGAACCCCAUCCCUUACACAUACGGAAGCCGGGGUCCAAAAGAGGCAGACGAUCUUGUGAAGAGGGUGGGAUUCCGCUAUAAGGGGACAUACAAGUGUUUGGCUUAAGUUGGGACCUGCCAUCGACAAAUAUACACACAAACACACACUCCUAUGUCAUGAUCCUGCCAGGAGGGUCACAUAAAGUGCACCAUAGAAGAACAACUUCUACUCUGGGGCUGUCGUGUUUGUUCUGUCCUGUUUUAUAACUUACCCUGUGCUGUCAUAAUGUCAGAGUUUAUUAGUAAAAGUCACAUUAUCUUCUCCAUGAAAGACAGGAAGUGUAUACUUUGAGAGCACACUUGAGAAAAUCCUGCAAUAA